AUGGGUAUGGAUUGGUUUCAAGAAUUUGGUUUACAUAUUCAAGGUGCAAAUUCCGAUUCAGUUUUGCAAAUUGGACCUGAUUCUAAAGACCAGCUUUUGACGGAUGCAAUGUCACUCUGCAAACAACAUGAAUCUGUGUUCAAAUCGGAAUUAGGUUGCAGUAAGUUUUAUGAAGCACAUCUAACAAUGAAAUCCAAUUGCCAACCUAAAUACUUUAAAUACCGUCCGGUGCCGUUUGCUCAAAAAAAAGCUGUCCAGCAGGAGCUAGAACGUUUGCGAAAGUUGGACAUUCUACGUCCCAUCGAAUCAAGCCAAUGGGCCGCACCCAUUGUUGUGGUAAAAAAGCCAAAUGGAACCUUACGCAUAUGUGGAGAUUUCAAGAUCACGAUCAACCCACACUUAGAAAUAGAUCGCCAUCCAGUGCCACGCAUAGAAGAACUUUUUCAGAAAUUGCAAGGAGGGCGAUACUUCACGAAAAUCGAUUUGUCCGAUGCCUAUCUCCAGAUACCUCUGGACAAAGAAUCGAAGAAAGUCUGUCUCAACUGGUAUCUUUCAGCGAUAUAUGAACCAACUAACUGCCAAUUUGGAUUUCUGCGUCUCGUACCUAGACGAUGUAUCGUGUCCGGGCGUACAAAUGAAGAGCAUCUAAAGAACCUCAAGAUUUUUCUGGAACGAUUAGAAAAUCAUGGUUUGCGAUGUCGACUAGCAAAAUGUCAGUUUGCGAAGACUGAGGUGGAAUACCUUGGUCAUAUAAUUGAUGCAACAGGCAUUCGUCCAUCGGAAACCCGAAUCAAAGCUAUCAUCAAUUUGCCUGAGCCAAAACAUCUAAAGGACCUGGAAGCUUUUAUUGGUAAGAUAAACUAUUCCAACAAAUUCAUAGAUAAUUUUGCCCAAAUAGCUGCACCGCUCAACAAGCUAAGAGCUAAAGACGAAGAUUUUGUGUGGGGAAAGGAGCAACAAAAUUCUUUCAACGUUUUUAAAGAAAAAAUUUCAAAUAUAUCACGAUUAACACAUUUUCAAGAUGAUCUACCUAUCACUUUGGCUACCGAUGCUUCUUCGCAUGGCAUUGGGGCAGUCAUUUCGCACAUUUACCCGGAUGGUUCAGAGAAACCAAUCGCGUUUGCAUCAAAAACAUUGGAUGCCUCUCAAAAAGGUUAUAGCCAUAUCGCAAAGGAGGCUCUAUCGAUAAUAUUCGGCGUGACUAAAUUUCAACAAUUUUUACAUGGUCGUCAAUUUGAGCUCAUAACGGAUCACCAGCCGUUAGUCACUUUUUUCAGCCCUAGUAAAAAAUUGCCGCAUAUGACUAUACAAAGGCUACAACGCUGGGCAAUUUUUCUAAUGGGUUACACCUACACAAUUCGCUAUCGUCCAACAACAAAGCAUGGAAAUGCCGAUUGCUUGUCACGAUUACCUUCAGGCCCUGACGAGGAAUUUGAUAAGUCGGAAGAAUCGUGCCAUCAAGUGGAUGACAAUAUUUCAGCCUUGGAAGAUUUUCCAAUCAAUUCAUAUGUCAUCGCAAAAUUUUCAAAAAAUGAUCCCGAUAUUCGCAAAGUCAUCGAAUACAUACAACAGGGUUGGCCAGCACGUUUGCCUGCUACACAAAAUAGUUUACUUCCUUAUUUUCGUCGAAGGCUUUGUCUAAGUGUUUCUGCUAACAUUCUUCUCUUUCAGAGCCAAAGUCCAAGGGUGGUUAUACCUUCUGCACUGCAACCUAAAGUGCUAACACUGCUACAUCAAGGUCAUUGGGGGGUAACUCGGAUGAAACAAAUGGCCCGCCGAUACUGUUGGUGGCCCAAGGUUGAUGACAUAAUUGAGUCAACAGUAGCUAAAUGCAUUGCUUGUCAAUCGAAUGCAAACCGCUCACCAAAGGAGUAUUCCAGUUGGACGACAUCAGAGAACGUUUGGGAACGCAUUCACAUAGAUUUUGCUGGCCCUUUUCAAAAGUCUAUGUGGUUAAUUGUGGUAGAUUCGAAUUCGAAAUUUCCAUUUGUCAUUCGAAUGUCGUCAACAACUUCCCAGGCAACCAUUCACGCUUUACGUUCCAUAUUCGCUUUAGAGGGUUUACCAAAAGUCAUCGUGUCUGACAAUGGCACACAAUUUACCUCUAAAGAGUUUCAGCAGUUCUGUCAAGAUCAUUCAAUUCGGCAAAUGACCUCACCUCCAUUCAACCCCGAGUCCAACGGUUUGGCCGAAAGGAUGGUAAGAACGUUCAAAACGGCUUUUCUAAAAAUCAUGACUGGAGAUACGACGGACGAUGAUGCACUCGCCACAUUCUUAUCCACUUUUCGAACCACACCGGCCGAAAUGGGAAUAUCUCCAGCAGAAAAACUUCACGGUCGUCCACAUCGAACUUUACUCUCUGCUAUGAUUCCUGAACCAAAAAGAUCUAUUGAGCCAAAUCAACCGAAGUUUCGUACGGGUCAAUCCGUAUAUCUUCGACAGUAUCUUAAAGGAAAAAAUCAAAACCAACAACAUGACAACACUUGCGAUGACGAUGUUUUAAUUGAUCCGGACUCCUGUCCUCCAAUGGUUGACUUGUCAGGAGAUCAACAAACAACAACUGCGGACACACCUGUGAAUUCAAACGAAUCGAAAGACGGACAUUCACAUUAA